AGCAAUAGGUUGUGGAUAGGAGCAGAAUAAUCUAUAUCGAGACGGUAUCUAUACUGAGGAUAAGGUGGUUUGCGAAGAAAGGGUUUUAAAAGCAGCAUAUUUACAAAUAAUCUAUUUUAUGUUGUAUAUUGUAUAUUUUUUCUGUAUUUUUUUUUCAGUUGCAAGAUCCCACACCAAAAAAUAUCAACUGCAUUUCCAAGUAAGAGAACUAAAUUAUUCUGCUAAACAACCACCACGGAAUUUAUAUGAAUGGAUGUUUCCCCUCAAAUCACAGUGGAUAUGGGAUUUUCCUCCUCCGUUCCAGACAGGAUUUGUUUCAGGAGUCGUCAAUACUUGUCUGGAAGAAAAGAGCAGCAAAGACUGGAUUUCCUUAGCAACUGAGGAAGGAUUCUGGCUCUUUUUAUUUUGUAUUCGUUCAGUUCAUUCAAUUCCUAAGGCACUGGCAUCUGAGGGAAAUUGAAAGCAGUUCAGAGCUAAUAUGAAGAUGACACUGAAAAAGAGUAUUUCUGACGGCAGUCUCCGCCUUUCAUGCUUUCUUUCUUUUUUGUAGCAGCAUAUCUGGAUUUUGAUUGAUAUUGCUUUAUAAUGCAUCAAAUACGUUAUUAUGUGGAAUAAAGAAGUCUGUGAUAAAAGAAAAGAUGCAGAUUUCUUUGCUUCACUUCAUGAAAAUACAGGGCAAAUUACCCAACUGCCAUAAGAAGUUGUGAACGAAUUCCAGUCAUCAUGUAAUGGCUAAACAUCUCGGCUUUCUAUAUUCAAUAUUUAAUAAAUACAAACCGUAGUCUGUUCUAUAGGGAACACGAGCACAUUUGGAGUAAACCUUCCUUAGCAUCUAUAACUGUGCCAGUAGAAAUCUGAGGGAUACCUGCUCCUUUUCGGGAAUUUUUCAUUUGCAGGUAAUUAUGUAGGCAGCCUCCCGGGCAGUAGGAUUGGUGCGAUCGACCAGGAAACCAGAGGGACACUGUUAAAAUGGUCUUGUUGUUCCAGCCACUGUCUACUCUGGAUAACUAUAAGCACUGAUACCAGGGUUAUGUGAAAAUAAAAUGGCAAACAUUUACAGUGGGGAUUUAUAAAUAUUUAUAUCCACACAUUCUAUUCAAGGUGGAUUGCUUGCUUGAUUUUUAUUUUAUUAUUUUAUGUUUUUACUUGAAUUCUUCUUAAUCGGGGUCCAGUGUGAAAGCGUGGGGUUGGGGGUGAUGGCAUGGAUUUGUAAGCUUUGCUGCAAGAGCUCUUAAAAUGUUGAGAUCUCGCUGUGCUGCCGGGGCUCCCGUUUGGAUCAGCGAGGCUCACGGCGAGAGAAAUGGACCCCUCGGCUCCCCCCAGCGCCCCCGCUGCCUUGUGAAGGAUGUCCCUCAGCAGAGCACCGGCCCGGGACAUCACUGAGACCCCUGGCCAGAGAGAGAGAAUCCGCAGCCGCAUGAAAAUGGUGAUCGACCAGCUGGAGGGGAUCCUCAGGGAGCUGAAGGAGGUGGCCAGGGAACUCCGAGAGGUGGUGGGGCAAAUAGACAAGCUGACGUCAGACUUUGAUUUCGAACUGGAGCCAGAUGACUGGACGGUGGCCACGGUGAGCAGCACGUCCAGCAGCGAGAGGGGGCUCGGAGACGCAUUCGGACGGCUGGACUUCUUCACCCCGGAUGUGCUCUCUGACAGCUGGGAAUUCUGCAACUUCCUGGAGACCCCGCCCCGGACGGCUGCGGAGAAGCCGGCUGCCGAGGCGACGGCGACGGUGAGGGCAGAGCAGGCAGCCUAUGCGCAGAUGAACGGCGGUAUUAUCCCGAAUGGGCCUUUGGUUGUCACACCAGAUUCUUCCAGCGAGGAGGCCUCCACUCACAGCCACAAGAACUCCAGGACACCUGGGACCCGCGAGCGGGUGCGAUUCAGUGAUAAAAUCCUCUACCACGCCCUCUGCUGCGAUGAUGACGAGGAAGAGCCUGAGUGCGGGCCCACGGCAGAGACGGACAGUGAGCACAGCCAACCACCAGCCUCGUCACCGCCCUCUGCCACCCAGACUCUCAACUGUCACGCCCCUUCCUCCCCAGUUGGGGCAGCAGCUAAACAGGGUUCAAACCCAGCCCCCCUGAAAAAACUACUGCGGAAUAGCAGUACGCAAACUGUGGCAGACAAAAGCACCCAAACAGUACUGCCCUAUGUCCCAGCCAAACAGAAAACGAAGAACUGAAAGGACAAACAACUUUAUUACAUUAAAUGGCAUAGAUCCAUAGAUCAUUAAAUCAAUGCAUUAAUAAAUAAAUAAUAUAUGGAAAAUCAUUUGACUAUCUAAAAUCAUUCUGAGGCUCAGGGAAUUACAAAUAUAAUUAAAAUGUUUUGAAAGAAAAGGGGACCUGUUUUAAUGCAAUAUUUUUAUCGCAGCAUCCUUCUAGCACCCUGAUGGGAUUGGGAAAGCCGGUGAUGUCACUAAUUGAGAUUUGUCAGGCUGGAACACAUUGGUUUGAAUUCUAAUUCCAUUACCCUCUGCACAUAACUGCAUGUACUUGGUGAGUACAGGCAUUACUAAAAUGAAAGCAUGUAGUCACAGUUUAAGGGUUUUCAAGAAACAAUGGGCAAUAAUGUUACAUUUGUCCCUUUUGUCUUGGAAAAUAGCUCCAGCUCAUUACUCUUGAAUCAAAAAACUUACUCAUAUGAAUCCCUGGAUAUUGUUUUUUUUUCUUCUUUUCCCAAUUAUAACAGCUGUUUACAAGCAAACCAAAAAACAGAGAUCCAUGUAUAGUAGCUUUAACCUUCCUGUGAUUCAUGGAACAGGUUUCACUGGUCAAGUAUUAUCAACAGCAGACAAUGGUAUGGAUCAAUAAUGACUAAAACAGCUGUUAGUACCUUUUAAAGUGCACGUCCGUUCACUGUGGAGAUUUUAAAUGUGCAGUUUUGAAAGACAAACAUGUUUAUUGUUAUCUGGUUGUAAACUAGGUUAAUAAAUCUCUAUUUGCAAGCCAUGCUUUCAGAGAGAUCUUUCUUAUCAUUACCCAACCAGCUUUUCUCCUAUU